ACAGUAGUGUGAGUGAGAUGCCGUGAACGAGGUCGGGUCGUCAAAAGUCCGAAUCCGAACGCCCAGAAUCGCGAAAUUUGCCAUUUUUCAAUGAAUCGCGAUAUACAAGAUGAUUCCUCGAACGAAGAAAUUGACAUAAAACCGAUUAUUUCACCAAACGGUGCAACAUGUGAAACUCCGAUUGGUUUGUCACCCAACUUAACCAGCGGUCCCAAAAAGUGGUCGCCCGGGUCUCUCCAAGACGCGAACCGUAAGAGCGCGUUCCAGCCAUAUCGACAAAGUUUGUGUACUGUAUUGACUAAUCUGCAGCGGGGAAACACUCAAGCUGAGACGCCGGUGCCGCGUUCUGCUGAUAUAAAUUUUCAUACGAAAGCGGGACAAGGGGAGAUUAAUGAAUAUGAUAUUAAUUAUGAGAAGUCGGUGGAUGUUCGUGACUGCAAUGGGUUGACGGCGUUGCACUGGGCUGCUGCGUAUGGACAGUAUAAUACCGUACUUCUGCUUCUUGCGAAUGGCGCUGAAAUUGAUGUGUUGGGACCUGAAGAGGAGACGCCUUUGACUCUAGCUGCUAACGGGGGACACCACGACGUUAUUCGGUUGCUCAUUGACAAAGGAGCGAACGUCAAUCACGCCGAUCACCUUUGCAACACUCCCCUAAUGUAUGCUGCAAGAGGCAAUCAUCCUCACAGUUGCCAGGAACUGCUGCUUCAUGGGGGCGAUUUCAAGCUUCAUAAUUUGAAUGGAGACACAGCUCAUACGGUAGCUGUAGAAAAUAAUAGCACGUUAGCUCAAGCCGUUAUUACAAAUUUUAUUAUUUCUCAACUGGAACCUAGUUCGUAAAAAACAACGUGAUUUGUGAUUAUAUAUUUUAAGGUUUUCAUUAAAAUGAUUUUGUACUCUGA